AACUCCCAGAAUGAGCCAAGCUGAGGAAAGCAGUGUCUAUUCAACAUGGAAUAUUGUGAGGUCAGUAGUCUGUAUAAUACUGAGCUUGUCAUUUAUUAUUGGGGCCCCUGGAAACUGCAUCGUCAUCUGGACUGUUUGUACAAAGAUGAAGAAAGUAUCUCCUUCAGUCCUGUUGAUCUUGAACCUGGCCAUUGCAGAUGUCCUCGUACUGAUUACUUUACCAAUCUGGAUUUACUCCUUUGCCGACUCAUGGGUUUUUGGAGUAGUCUUCUGCAAAAUACUGGUGUUCAUUAUUUACUGCAGCAUGUAUGCAAGUGUAUUUCUAAUUACAGCACUGAGCUUGGAGCGGUUAAUGGCUGUGUUUUACCCUUUCGCAAUUAAGAGGUACAAAACAAAAGGAAAGAUUUCAAUAGUUAUGUUCCUCAUUUGGCUCCUGUCUAUUGCUUUUGGCACGGCUGUCAUUCCAUUUCAAGAGACAGAAGAAACGAGCGGCAGCCUACACUGCACAUGUCGCAACUACUCUUCUAGUAGACAGAGAGUGUCCUAUCUUUUGCUGGAGACUCUUGCAGGAUUUGCAGUCCCUUUUUUAAUUAUUUGUACUUGUUAUGUGUGUGUUGCAAGGAGAAUAAGCAGAAUGACUUACCAAUCAAAGCAGCGAUCGGAGCGCCUCAUUGCCAGCAUUGUGGUGGCAUUCAUUUUAUGCUGGUUCCCUCAUCAUCUCUUUAACAUCCUAGAUAUUAUUUCAGUUCAAAUAGAACUCUCUAAUGAGGCAAUGUCUUUGGCACUGGAUGAAAUCGUAGGCAGAGGAGUGUACAUCUCUGGAGCGCUUGCAUUCAUCAGUAGCUGUAUUAACCCUCUACUUUAUGCUUUUGCGGCACGAAGAUUUCAGAAUCACCUGAGAUUUGGCAAGAUAUCAAAGCUGUUUGAACAGAUGAGUCAUACUGUAACAGAGGAAGGCAAGAAAAAAGGUUUGUCUGAGACCAAACACGAAGAGUCUCUAGGAAGCACAGAAAAUCUCUAACAGGGAAUAUACAUGUUCUCCAUUUCAUUUAUUAAGCAGUUUGGGUUGGUUUUGUCUGUUAUGAAAGAACUGUCAUGGACAACCUAGUGCAGUUCUCAAGUUAGUGUGCACAUCAUGAGGUUAGCACUGUGGUGCCAAGAACCUCAACAAGGUGGCUAAAAGCUCAGAGUGUAAGAAAUACAGCAUUUUUACUUUCCAUUAAAAUGACUCGGGAGUUCUAUAAAAUCUGAGUGCAGAAGAUAGAAAAUGACUGUAUGUGGAAAAUGGAGGCUUGGAAAGCUAAAACUAAGUUUUCCUUCUGAAAAAAAGUGUUCAAUGCUCCAAAAUCCUCAUAUAAUCUAAGAUUUUAAGAAAGCAUACUUAAAUUCUUGAUAUGAGUAAGAAAAUUUUAAAUAUGAUAUAAAGCUCUUGGG